UCGCCAACACGUAGGUGUUGUGUUGUCUGGCCGUGUUGACAGCUGCGUGUGUUCCCUUCUGCACAGUCAACCAAACGUCUACACGGGAUAUUUAGUGCUAAAGAUUUUAACUGUGACUCUAACAAAAAACUAGCCUCUGGCUCUAAAACCAAACUGUCAUUGGUGUCUAUUAAUAACAUUGUGACCUUGACACUGUGUCAUCCUGACCUAUACCUUUUAAAAAGUCACUAAACACCCAAGGAGAUCAAACCGUCUGGUCAACCCAAAGCCAAGAUGUCUCAGUCGUUCAUCCGCUCGAGCGCCACCCUCCCGGGGAACACCUCCGUCACGGAAAAGCGCACCGUCAUCACCACCUCCAGUGGACUGGCCGGUGGAUUAAACGGCGGUGGAUUCGACGACGACAGCGUGUACUACAAGUCCAGCAUCACCCCCCGACACACCUCCAUCACCCGCACCUCCAUGCCCACCUCCCCCAUCCGCACCUCCACCCGCACGGUGGAAUACAGCUCCGGGUACCACCCCAUCGGCACCGCCACCGUGGCCGUGACGGGCGUCAACAACUUCAAGAGCAGCCGGGAGCGCGAGAAGAAGGACAUGCAGGACCUGAACGAGAGGUUCGCCAACUACAUCGAGAAGGUUCGCUUCCUCGAGGCCCAGAACAAGAAGCUGGCCUCGGAGCUGGAGCAGCUGCGCUCCCACUGGGGCAAGGAGACGAACGUGGUCAAGCAGAUGUACAACACGGAGCUGGACGAGGCGAGGAAGCUGAUUGACGAGACGAACAAGGAGAAGGCGCGGCUCCAGCUCCGGGUGGGGCAGCUGGAGGAGCAGUUAGAUGACAACAUGAGACAACUAGACGAGGCCAAAAAAUGGCGUUCUCAAGACCGCGAAACUAUAAACAAGUUAAACCAGCAGGUCUCUGAAUUGGAAGGGGAAAUUCGCAUGCUAAGAAGAACCAACGAUUCUUUGGAUACCGAAAGACAGAGAGACAAGUCAACUAUCGCUAGACUACAAGAGGAGCUAGAAAAACUAAGAAUUGACUUGAGCAAUGAGACAAUUGCCAGACUUGAUGCAGAGAACAAGUACCAGACACUGUUGGAGGAGAUUGAAUUCUUAAAGAGUGUUCAUGAACAGGAGUUGAAGGAACUCUCAGCCCUCGCCUACAGAGACACCACUGCUGAGAACAGAGAGUUCUGGAAGAAUGAGCUGUCUCAGGCCAUUAGAGACAUCCAGCAGGAAUAUGACCUCAAAGUGGACCAAAUCAGGGGAGAGAUGGAAACUUUCUACAACCUCAAGGUACAAGAGUUCCGUACAGGUGCCACCAAGCAAAACAUGGAAGCCACGCAUGCUCGUGAAGAAACUAAAAAGCUUCACAAACAGCUGAGUGACUCACGUACAAGACUGGCUGACCUUGAGGCCAGGAAUGCCCAGUUGGAGAAGCAGUAUCAAGACCUGCUGCGAGAGCUGGAGCAGAAGGAGCAUGAGCAUGACAUCCAGGUGAACUCGUUGAAGGAGGAGAUGAACCAGCUCAGAACUGAGAUGGAAGGCAUGCUUGUUGAGCUCCAGACUCUGAUGGAUGCCAAGCUGUCCCUGGAGUUGGAGAUUGCCGCCUACAGGAAGCUGCUGGAGGGUGAGGAAACCAGGGUUGGUCUGAGGCAAGUUGUGGAGCAAACUCUAGGGGUCAGACAGAGCGGGAGUGCUCGACUGGCAGACAUUAUAAACGUCACUGAAGGACAGUCUUAUGAAUCUGGUGGUGACUCCCAGCUGAGCAUGAAGAUGAUGAGAGGAGAGGUGUCUGCCAAGACAACCUACCAGAGGACAGCCAAUGGUCCAGUCAGCAUUGCUGAGGCCAACCCAGAGGGCAAGUUUAUUCUUCUGGAGAAUAAUCCAUCUGGUGGUGUUCGUAAGGAAGUCAAUCUUGAUGGAUGGAAGCUGCGCCGUAUUGUGGACAAAAACCUGAGCAAACCUUAUGAGUACACUUUUAGGAACUUUGUCUUGAAGCCAGCUAAAAAUGUUAAGAUCUUUGCCAGAUCUUUGGCCACUCAAGCGGGACCUAAUGACCUAGUUUUCCGGGAUGCUGAUACAUGGGGUGCUGGAGCAGAAGUUGUUACAACAUUAAUUAAUGAGAAAGGGGAGGAGAAAGCAAGCCACAUUCAGAAGACCAACUACACCCAGUAAAUACACAGGCAGCCACUCAAGGAUCCUGCUACUUCUGGUUCAUGACAAGGGCAGCCACUCCAAUAUUUGUUGCUUUCACAUUUUGUUUAUCCUAGAUCUGAUAACUUUUCUUGGUUGCUGUUAUUUUUUUUUUUUGGUUUCAAGUGGGAAGAAACUAUUUUCAAAAGUAAAAUAAUUGUCUCAAAACUUUUUAGUACUGUAUGGUAUCCUGAUCAAAUAAGAUGCUGACCAUCUAUUAUUUGGCUGUGAUGAUGAUUAGGCUCACAAAUAAUAUCUAUGUGAGAAUUUUUUUUAAAUGAAGUUUAUUUAUAAUCACCUCUAAAAAAUUUCAUUCUUUGUACAUACUUAAUCACCAGUAUAAUAUGCUGUGAAUGGUUGAUCAAAUUAUGGCUGAUUUCACUCUCUCCUGAAUCUUUCUAUAUUUUUUUUUAUGAUUGAUACACACUUUGCUUGUAUCAGAGAUAGAUUUUUUCUAGAAGAAAUGUUUAUUUCCAUUAGCUGUUUUUUACACAACUUUUUACUGUAAAAGCUCAUGUUUAAUUUAUGACAUGAACAAACAUGUGAACAACAAAAUAUUUUUCUCACAUUCCAAAAUGUGUUGUUUUUAAAGCAUACUUAUAUAUACUGGGCUAGUUUGUUUUUUUUUUAGAAACUCAACUGCGUUAAUCUUUUUAUACCAUUUAUUUACAUAUAUAUGCACUGCUGUGAACUGCGCCUUUAUUUAUUUGUUUUAUUUCAAACAAUCAGUUUAAUUCCUUUGAGAAAUGUUUGGUUCAGUCCUAGUAUCAUCUUUAAAUCUACACUCCAAAAAGUUUUUAAACCAAAUUCUCGUUUGUUUUGUCUUUUAAGUUGACAUGUAAUCCAGCACACUAUAUAUACACAAACGCUUGCUGUUGUAUACUACUUGCUUCUCAGGGUUUGGAUUCUGAUUCUUUUCUGACAACACUUCUUUCGCUUCACCUUUCGUCAAGGAAGAGAAACCACAGGGUUAGUCCUAGAACCUAUGAGAAUGCCCUGAAGCCCAGCCAGGCAUUAGUUUGCUGAGACAACUUUUCCAAGGACAUGUACAUGAACUUUCCAUGCAUAUCUUAGCCAACAUUAUAGCUACUGUAUUUUAUUUACUGUAGAGUUUUCAAACACACCACCAUCCAAAGUUUACAAAUAUGUUGAAAAGAACUCUGAAUUUGGCUUGUAUUCAUUUUUUAUCUGAUUUUAAAAAAUUUAAAUGAUUUUGCUGUUUAUAAAAAACAUUGUGAAACGAAGUCAAGCUGAAAUAGGAAAACCAUAGUUACAAGUCCAUGCCCAUUUGAAAAUAACUUGACCAUGAUUCAGGGUCUUGUAAUAAUUUUUUUUUUAUCUAGACUGGUUGUUUGAUUACUCUCUGAAACUGACUGAGUAUGGUGCUAAUGUCAUUUAGUGAUAGAACCUUUUCUUGUAACCAAUAUAUGUUUCAGACUUCAUUGAAUAAUAAAUGAGAUUAUCUACAAUCAAA